AUUUAUUCCAGUGGGUUUUGUAAAAGGCAUGAGGAUGUGCCCUGUAUAUGGAUCAGCCAUUCUGGUAGGAAUCAGAUGGCAAAAGGGAAUUUUAGCAUUUGAUAUUAGGUAGAACUGGUUCCAACAAUGGCUAACAAAUGCAGAAUUCCAGCAGCUUCUUGGACAAUACAGCCCAAAGAAGCAUUCUUUUAAAGAAGGAGGGGGAUUGGGUGGAAAAAAAACCCAACGACACUUCAGUGCUCCAGUUUCAAAAUGCAAAGGUAAAGAUGCUCACUGCAACAUCCCUUAAUUUCUUCUACUUUGGCCUGUGUUUGCUCACAUUAACUGGCUCGACUGUUGCUGCUGCUGGCCAUGAAACACUUUGUGGUGCUGAGUUGGUUGAUGCUCUUCAAUUUGUCUGUGGAGAAAGAGGCUUUUAUUUCAGUAAACCAGCAGGUUAUGGAGGCAAUAGACGUUCCUCUUCUUCUAGGGGAAUAGUGGAUGAAUGCUGUUUCCAGAGCUGUGACCUGAUACGGCUGGAGAUGUACUGUGCUCCUAUCAAGCCACCUAAAUCUGCACGCUCUCUACGUGCUCAGCGACACACUGAUAUGCCUAAAGCACAAAAGGAAGUGCACUUGAAGAAUACAAGUAGAGGAAACACAGGAAACAAGAACUACAGAAUGUAAGAAAAUUCCGCCCGUAAGAAUGAAGAAUGAAUGUGCCACCUGCAGGAUACUUUGCUGUAAAUAAUCAGACAUUGGACAAAGCUAGAGUUCAAUAAGUUUGAUGAAUUCUCAACUAAUGGGCAUUCUCCCUAGGAACAAUGCAAGUAGACAUUCCAACAAAAAGCCAACUCAGUGCUCAGAUGUUUCUGAGACUGGCAGAUUGCUACUGUAAUUGGUCACUUCCUGUAAUAAAAUGUGCUACACACAAGUAUGUACAAAUUGUACAUGCCUCACAUAGACACAGUCCCACACCUCUUGUCUUCAGCAGAAAAUGUAAAAGCCUUUAGAGGAUUCAAUUGCACUAAAUUAAUUUAUGAACCCUGCUGUUGGAGUCACUCACCAGCCUUAUCUAAGUGGAGUUUUUUUUUAACUUUUUUUAAAUAUUUGUACUUUUAGAUAAUCAACAGAUUGUUUGUCUUGCAGUGUUUGAUAACACUGUUUGAUUUCCCUUCCAUAUUUGCACAGUUUAGAAUUCCUAGUAGCAACAGCAAUAAAGUUAACAUAUUCCUUUCACUACUGUAGUGGCUUUUUAACACAUGAGACUCAUGUUUUCAUCUGACUUGGAGAUCCUUAUAUGUUCCAAGAUCCACAGAGAGUUCUUACAUACAUGCAAAACAUUAUUUUCUUCCAUUGAGGAUGUUACUAUUCAUAUUGCAUCCUUAUGCAAAUCUGUCUUUGGCCAGUGAAAUUAAUGGAAUAGCUUGCAUUACUAGAACUCCCUGUGCAAACUCCCAUAUCUAAAACAAGCUUCUGGGUCUAGGUUUUAAGAUGGUCAUUCACCUGCCUAUAACAGAUGAAAAUAGAAAUAUAUGCAAUUUGAAGAAUCUAAUAAUUUUUGUUGAGGUAAGCUAAGAGCACAUAUGAGCUCUCUUAAAUUCUCAGUGACUCUUUCAGAUAACUUAUUCACAACAAUAUAAAUAAAUGUUUCUUCCAUAUAAGGCAAUACAUAGAA